AUGGGUGACUUCAAUCUCAGGUAUGUUGACUGGGAGCUCGGGAGGUGUCCUCGAGGUUCAGACGAAAGCUACCUCGAAUGGAUUCAAUCCCGAGCAAUUUAUCAGCACGUGAAGGAAAACACCAAGUAUCGGGAAGGCCAACAGCCGUCGCUGUUGGACCUGAUCAUCACAGCGCAAGAGGAAAAAGAACAAAGUCUAGAGUAUCACCCUCCUAUCGGCAAAAGUCAUCAUCUUCUCAUCAAGAUGACACUUCAGUUGAAACUACCCAAACCCCGUGAAGGGAUGUGUAGGAACUUUGGAAGGAUUGACGUGUAUCUACUUCGAGCUAAGGCAGCUCAACUGAGUUGGCACAGUUCGGAGCCGCACGCUUACGUAGAGGAAAGCUGGAGUAUAAUCAAAAACAACCUGAUGAACCUCCAAGAUGAGUUUGCUCUCUUAACCUACAAAGGUUUAAGGAAGAAGCCGCUAUGGUGGCACGCCGCUGUAGGUAAGACAAUUAAACGUAGAAAUAGAAGCAGGAAAGCUUUCCGAGCUUCCGGUUCCCAGAUGGCUUGGAGAGAGUACACGAGACAUUGUAACGAAGCAGUUUCGCUCAUUAGAAAGGGUGAAAGGGACUUGGAGUUGAAACUAGCCAGCCGAUCCAAAAGGGAGCCCAGACGCUACUACCGCUACGCUAAAGCCAGGGAUCCCAAUAAAAAGAUGAUGGGACCUCUACAAUUGGAAGGUAGGACCGUCGCCGAUGACCAGAAAAAAGUAGACGCCUUUUGCACAUACUUCAGUAGUGUGCAUGAAGUAGAUCGCGACGACCUGGCACUACCGGAUCUCGCCCCCUCAUUAGAGAAAGUGGAGAAUAUGUAUAUGUCAUUAGAAGUGGUUCAUCGGACAUUAGCGGAGCUGAACGUAAGUAAAUCUCCAGGGCCCGAUGGAAUCCACCCGGUAAUCGUCAAGCCGUGGUUCAUCGGACAUUAG